UCAGUGUGUCAUGGCAGCUCUAGUUAAGAAAUACGGUAUAUCCUUCCUAACCACAUCAAACAAGUCACUUAGAAACAAGCAGUAUCCAGAGGCUGUGGAUAAAGUCGACGAGUUGUACAUAAUAUUCCACGCGUCGCCUCACCAAGAAGAUACAAAAUGGAGAUAUGGAAGAGACAGAGCAAGGAAGGGGCAGAGGGCAAAGAGAAAUGUUGCCAAGAGCAAGUCAAAGUCCAUCCUUGUGCAGAUGGUGAGUGCAGCCGGAACUGGGUACUGCUUCAAUGCAAAGCGGAGCCGACUCCGGGACAAGCUGGUAUUAAGGAAACAUGAUCCUAGAGUCAACAAGCAUGUCCUUUUCUUUGAAAAGAAGAAAAUCAGGUCAAUUUAACAUUUGAACCUUAAAUGGACUGGCUUUGAAUCAGGACUUUUUGGGAUCCAAGCAAGAUUUCCCGAAACUGGAAUGAAUGCAAGUUGUACUUUUGGCCUGAUGUGACAUUUCAAAGGAAGACAAUAAAACAAGAGGGGUCUGGCUCUGUUGCACUUUUAUUUACAAUUUGUUAUCUGUAAAUUUUACAAUAAAGAUUUUGAAUAUAACCAUA